CUCGCUCUCUGAAGUUCCAUUUUCUUUCUUUUCUCUGUCUGUCUGUCAGUGUGAGAGUUCACUAAAAUGGCCGAGGCCAGUAUUUCAGUAGAUCAGGAUCAGUUCAUCUGUCCAGUGUGUCUGGAUCUCCUGAAGGAACCGGUGGUGAUCCCCUGUGGUCACAGUUUCUGUAACGUGUGUAUUAAUGACUGCUGGGAUCAGGAAGAUGAGAGCGGAGUGUAUCGCUGUCCUCAGUGCAGAGACACUUUCACUCCGAGGCCUGUUCUACGCAGAAACAACAUGCUGGCUGAAGUGGUGGAGAAACUGAAGAAGACUGAAGUCCAAGCUGCUUCUCCUGCUCACUGUUACGCUGGACCUGGAGAUGUGGAGUGUGAUUUCUGCACCGGGAGAAAACACAAAGCCGUCAAGUCCUGUCUGGUGUGUGUGGCUUCUUACUGUGAAAUUCAUCUGAAACCUCACUAUCAGUCUCCUGCAUUUAAGAUACACACAUUAAUUGAAGCCUCAGCAAAGCUACAAGAGAAGAUCUGCUCUGAACAUAACAAGCCGAUGGAGAUCUACUGUCGUAGCGAUCAGACCUACAUCUGUUACUUGUGUACGAUGGAUAAUCACAAAGGACACGACACCGUCACAGUCACAGCAGAAAGAGCCGAGAAACAGAGAGAGUUAAAGGAGGAGCAGAUGAAAUCCCAGCAGAGAAUCCAGGAGAAGCAGAAGAAGGUGCAGGAGCUGAAACAGGCUGUGAACACUAUAAAGCUCAGUGCACAGACAGCAGUGGAGGACAGUGAGAGGAUCUUUACUGAGAUGAUCAGCUCCAUGGAGAAAAGGUGCUCGGAGGUGACGGAGCUGAUCAGAGCUCAGGAGAAGGCUGAACUGAGUCGAGCUGAACGACUCCUGGAGCAACUGGAGCAGGAGAUCGCUGAUCUUCAGAGGAGAGUCACUGAGCUGGAGCAGCUUUCACACACACACGAUCACCUCCACUUCCUCCAGGCUUUCGUUUCUGGACGUCAGUCUCCUCCAUUAGACAGAGCAGAGUUUCAGACAUCCAGCAUCACUGUCCAUCAACAUCUCUCAUUUGAUGGAGUGAGGAAUUCUCUCUCAGACCUGAAGAAGAGACUCGAGGAAUUCUGUGAGGAGGAAUUCAACAAACUCCUUCCACAUGAUUUCUUUUAUCUGACUCUGGAUCCAAACACGGUGCAUCCACACCUCCGUCUGUCUGAGAACAACAGAGUGGUGACCGAAAGUGAAAGCGAGCAGCAGUACUCUGAUCAUCCUGAGAGAUUUGACUACUGUCUUCAGGUGUUGUGUAAGGAGAGCAUGUGUGGACGCUGUUACUGGGAGGUGGAGUGGAGCGGUGUGGUGGAAAUUUCAGUCUCGUAUAAAGACAUCAGCAGGAAAGGAGAGGGUAACGAGUGUGCAUUUGGACACAACGAUCAGUCCUGGAGUCUGCAGUGUUCUUCAUCUUCUUCCCUCGCUUUCUAUCACAACAACAUUCAGACCGAUCUCGGAGUUCCACCGUCCUCCAGAAUAGGAGUGUAUGUGGAUCACAGUGCAGGAACUCUGUCCUUCUACAGCAUCUCUGACACGAUGAAGCUCCUCCACAGAGUCCACACCACUUUCACUCAGCCUCUAUACGCUGGAUUCGGGUUCGACUUUUGGUAUGGUUCUACAUCCGUGAGAUUGUGUGAUCCAGAAUAAUGUGUGAAGCGCUUAGUAUUAUAAAGUUCUCUCUGAAUGAAGAGUAAUUUUGAGAUAUUAGCCUAGCAAGCACUCUAAUGUAAUGAACUUAAUACAGCUUUUGUUUUUCUGAAAAAACAUCUGCACUUUAUGUUCCAUGUUUCCAUAAUCAUAAUGAUGAUAAACAUGUCUCUGAUCUCCAGCUUUGGAUUCUAAACGUGACUGUUUCAAACCUUAAACAUGAUGUAUGUAUAACUUUUUAAGAUUUCUUACACUGUAUUAUUUACUUUAAAAGAAAGAAUAAAGAGAGGCUGGUGAGGGAAAGACUGUUUAUAGCUGCUAUACUGUGUAAGUCAGAACAGGAACUAACUUGUUUCACAGAUGUGCCAUAACAUUAAAUGUUGGGGAAGACUGAUCAGAAAGUCUGAUGUGCUUCUAUAGUAAUAUAUUAAAGCAAUAAACAUUAAAACACUGGGUUUAGGCUUGGACUACUGUCACUUACAAUGUUGUAUAGAAUACAAAACAGAUUUU